AACCAUAUUUCAGCUGACAGUUGUGCUAAGAGAUGAAUUUGAUCAACUGAAAGAAGGUUUUGAAAGUAUUUUAGAUAUAGAACCCUUUGAAACAACAAGAGUGGGAGGUUCCGGAAACACAGGUUACAGAAUUCCUCAGAGUGAGGACCAGUCUGUUUUUUCGUCAAUGCUGUGGACAUUUUUGGAGAUUCUAUUGGAAGUGCUUUUUGCUUAGUUGACAGAAAAAAAAGCCUCAAAAUGCUUGACUUUGAAAAUCAAAUGUUUCUGGACAUUUUAAAUGAAGAUGGGCUAGUGAUAGCUGCAAAAGGGAUAGGUCUAGAAAGUGUUUUCAUCAAUUUGUUAAAAGUGUACAGUGAUGCUGGAAAUUUAGUGAUAGUGCUGGGUACUACACCAAAAGAGGAAGAAUUUUUCACUGGAGAAUUGGAUUCAAUGGGCGUCAAACCUUUGCCCAAGCUCCUUACAUCGGAGUUCAGUGUUAAUGAUAGGCAGUCUGUUUACAUGGAAGGCGGAGUUAUAUUUAGCUCCUCCAGAAUUUUGGUUGUAGAUAUGCUGAUGGAUCGUAUGCCCAUUGAUUUGGUUACUGGAAUGCUUGUUUAUAAAGCUCAUCGUAUUAUUGAAACCUCACAGGAAGCAUUUAUUCUUCGACUUUACCGACAAAAAAAUAAAAAAGGUUUCAUCAAAGCUUUUUCAAGCUCUCCAAUCAGUUUUACCCGAGGGUUCAGUCAAGUUACUCGUGUAAUGAAAUCGUUAUAUGUGCGCAAUCUGUUUCUCUGGCCUCGUUUUCACGCCACCAUACAGUCGACUUUAAAAGAAAAUCAGCCAGACGUUGUUGAAUUACGCCUACCCUUAACUCCGUACAUGGUGACGAUGCAAACCGCAAUUUUGGACCUUAUACAUUUUAGCGUUAAGGAGUUGAGACGUAUUAAUCCAUCGUUGGAUCUGGAUGAGAUGACAGUUGAAAAUGCCUUAUCCAAGUGCUUUAAGAAAAUUAUCAAGUUUCAGCUGGAACCAGUGUGGCAUCAGCUUAGUGGAAAAACGAAACAGCUUCUCGAAGACUUGGGCAUUCUACGAAAUCUUCUGCUCACUUUGACGCAAUAUGACUGCGUGACUUUCAACGUAGUUGUCAAAUCCCUCAAGACUACGGAAAAGGCUUUGAAAAGCGCCGGUUGGAUGCUGCUGGAUGCUGCGGAAAAUCUGUUCAUUACAACCAAAGCCCGAGUUUACGGAAAAUCGCUGGAAGAAGAUGCCAAGCCCGAACUGGAAGAAAACCCAAAAUGGAUAGCCCUAGCUGAGGUGUUGAAAGAGAUCCGUUUAGAAAUCGCUGUCCAAGGUGAACAAUUUCCGUCCAUCAAAACAUUAAUCGUAGCGGAGGACGAUAGAACUUGCGAUCAACUCCGACAAAUUCUUGAAUCUGGCUCAAAAGAAUUUCUAGAGAAAAUCUUCAAAAAAUCAAAUUCGCCCAAGAAUUAUUAUGAAAAAUACGACCUGCACAAUACCAACGAGAAUGAUAAUGAAUCACCUGAGCAUGUUGACGAAACAGUCAUCGUUCAACCGCUUAAAGGUGGGGCGGAUCCUUACGGCCUCCACCGAACAUUAUACAAGUUAUGUCCACGGUUCGUGAUCAUGUACGACUGUGAUGUAUCAUUUAUUCGCCAGGUUGAAGUUUAUCAAGCCACUCAUAAAGAACAUACCGUCCGCGUCUAUUUUAUGUUCUACGACGCAUCCGCCGAGGAACAAUCCUACUUGACUAGUUUGAGGAAAGAGAAGGAAGCCUUUGAAAUGCUUAUUCGCGAGAAAGCGACGAUGGUGAUUCCAGAGGAUCGUGAAGGCCGCACCGAUGACCAUCCUGAUUUCGUGAGAGAUCCACGCAAGGCCUCUGAGAUGGCGUUGGUUCCACUCGACACUCGUCAAAUGACUCGCAAAGAUGUCCGUCAAGUGGUGGUCGUUGAUAUGAGAGAAUUCCGCAGUGAAUUGCCUUCGCUCCUUCACCGAAGAGGCAUUGAUAUUUUACCGAUAACUAUCGAAGUUGGCGACUACAUCCUCACGCCGGAUAUUUGCGUUGAGCGGAAGAGUUUGAGCGAUUUGAUUGGCUCAUUGAAUAACGGUCGCCUUUACAAUCAGUCACAAGAAAUGUGUCGUCAUUAUGCUAAACCUAUGCUGUUGAUUGAAUUUGAUCACGACAAACCGUUCGCCUUACAGGGAAAAUAUUACUUGUCCAAUGAUGAUUCUUCGUUGACCGAUGUUACCUCGCGUUUGCAACUGCUUACGUUGCACUUUCCUAAAUUGCGUAUCGUUUGGUCACCUGGCCCCUACGCAACUGCUGAAAUUUUUGAAGAGUUGAAGAAAGGACGAGAACAACCAGAUCCUGCCAAAGCGGCAUCCAUUAGCUCGGAUUAUUACACAGAGAAGAAUGCGGAUAAAUACAAUCCAGCCAUCCACGAUUUCAUGAUGAAAUUACCUGGCAUCAAUACCAAAAACAUCCGAAGAGUUUUGAAUAAGGUGGAGGACUUGGGUCAGCUGAUUUCUUUAUCUCUGGAGGAGUUGCAUGAACUGUUGGAAAACGGUGUUAAUGCAAAAGAACUUUGGGAUGCUUUACAUUCUUCCCAGCAUUUGGCAGUUCUGGAGGCGGAACCAACGGGCAAAAACAAAGGCAAAAAGGGUAAAAGUUGGAGGGGCAGACAAAGAAAAUAUUGAUUACAAACGAUUGCCUAUCCUCUUGUUGUGUGUAUUUGGGGGUAAUACAUUAUUAUUACGUUUCUUAAAAUUA